AUGUAUUUUUCGCUUUCACAGAACCGCGAAGUCACGAAAGGAUUUCUGGACUGCCUCUCUAGAACCUCUCCCGAAUCGCUGUCCGAUGUCGACAUCUUUAUCAUCCCGGAUUUUGUGUCCCUCACUGAAACCAUCGGACAACUCAAGUCUUCCCAUGUUCCCAUAUGGCCCGGGGCCCAAGACUGCCAUUGGGAAGACAGCGGCGCAUUUACGGGCGAAGUGAGUCCCGCGGUUCUCAGCGAGGCCGGAGUCAGGAUUGUGGAAGUUGGGCAUGCAGAGCGGAGACGGCUAUUCGGUGAAAAUGACGCAAUAGUGGCCAAGAAAGCUGCCGCAGUGAGCAGAAACGGAAUGGUCCCCCUGGUGUGUAUUGGAGAGCAAACAAAGGGGGAUAUUGGCGUUGCUGUUGAUGAGUGCAGAACUCAGGUCGAGGCUGUUCUUGCUACUGUACCGUCCAUAGCAGAGGUGGCUCUUGCGUAUGAGCCCGUUUGGGCGAUUGGUGCCAGUGAGCCUGCUGCCGAGGACCAUGUGCUGAAAGUAGUCGAAGGCAUCAGACGGCUCGACUGCGUAAAAUCAAGGCAGGGAACUACCAGAGUCGUUUACGGCGGCAGUGCGGGACCAGGUCUGUAUGAGCGGUUGAAGUCAGGUCUGGAUGGGUUGUUCUUGGGCCGAUUUGGUCAUGACCCGGAGCGAUUUGUCAAGACCAUCCUAGAAGUUGCCCAGGCAUGA